AUGGUGUCCAAAUAUGGAAAUACUGCAACUAAACUAUUUCACACGUACACGCCUUCUAUUUUAUUUGUAAGACCCACUAUGGUUUUACAGAAUGAACGCACACCUCUUUUACAGAAUGAUGCCAUCAUUACUAUGGAUCAACAACAACAACGACAACAAUUGAUAAGAAAAAAGGAAUCAAGAAUAGUAUCAGGAAUAUCUUGGAUGUUAUGUAUCAUUCUUUGGACUAUUGCUAUUACGGUCAAUAUCAUUGGAGGUUUUUUUGUGGAAAAAAUCUACUACUAAUUAUUCUUUAUAUACAUAUACCAAAAUAAAAUAAAUAAACGAUACUAU